AAAAGCCCUCAAGUGUUCCUUCUUCUUAUUCCUUUUUGGCCCUAAAAACCCUAAAUAAUGGGUUCACGUGGGUUUCAGAGACUAUCAUCAUUUACUUAUGUUCUAUUCAUAUUCAUAGUUGUAAUAGCAUUAUUGAACCGUCAAAGAUGCAAUGCAAUGAUAGUGCUUGAACAAUGGAAGGACAGUACAAGAGAUCGUCAUCAAGAUGAUGGUGAUGGUGAUGAUUCAUCAGCUGCAGUGAGAAGAAAGUGUAAUUUGUUUGAAGGAAGGUGGGUUUAUGAUGAGACAUAUCCUCUCUACAGAGCUUCAAGCUGUGCUUUCAUUGAACAAGAAUUUGAUUGCAAGAAAAAUGGACGCCCAGAUAGCUUCUAUCAGAAAUAUAGAUGGCAGCCUAACGCCUGUGCUCUCCCAAGAUAUAAGGGACAAGAUUUAUUGAGGGAAUUGAAAGGGAAGAAAAUAUUAUUUGUUGGAGACUCAUUGAGUCUCAAUCAGUGGCAAUCACUGAUCUGCAUGAUGCAUGUUGCUGCUCCUCAUUCUCAGUACACUCUUCACAGAGUAGGAGGCGUCUCCACCUUCACUUUGCCUGAGCAUGAGAUUAGGGUGGUGUUGUCUCGGAAUGCAUAUUUGGUAGAUAUAGUGAAAGAAAAGAUAGGGACAGUGCUGAAGCUUGAUUCCAUUCAAAAUGGGGAUUCAUGGAAAGGAUAUGAUGUCAUCAUCUUCAAUACAUGGCACUGGUGGCUUCAUAAAGGACACCAACAACCAUGGGAGUACAUUCAAGUGGGGAAUAAGAUAGAGAAGGAUAUGAAUAGGUUGGAUGCUUUCAGAGAAGCAAUAAGAACAUGGUCAAAAUGGGUGGACUCUAAUGUCAAUCCCAACAUCACCAAAGUCUUUUUUCAGUCCACCUCCCCAACUCACUACAAUGGUGAGGAGUGGAAUGGGACAAGCUCAGGCACAUGCAGAGGACAAAGCAGACCCAUGGGCGGCUCAAGAUACCGCACAGGUCCACCAGAAGCAGCAGUAGUAGUGAAGCAAGUGUUGAGUCAAAUGGCCAAACCUGUUAGUUUGUUGGACAUCACAACUCUGUCACAGCUCAGGAGAGAUGGCCAUCCCUCUGUUUAUGGCAUUUAUGGUCAAAGGGGAAAUGAUUGUAGCCAUUGGUGUCUUCCCGGCGUCCCCGACACUUGGAACGAACUCUUGUUUGCUAUGCUUGCUCUACAAGGGGAUCCAACUGAUUAACUCUUUUCUGUUACAUCAACUUUUUUUUCCUUCCUUCCUUCCUUCUUUCUUUCUUUUGUUUUUUUUUUUUAUUACUGUUGCAUGGCACCUGAUAUCCUAAGCCUGCCUCCUAUCAAAUUGAGACUUAAUGGGAGGGGCUAGACUAAUCUAGAUGGAACCAAGUGUGACCUUUUCAGGAGGCAA